UAAAAACCCAGAAGAAGAAGAAGACCGAGAAGAAGAAGUAACACACUUCCGGUCUCAGGCUCCAUCAUCCACCACCAAAAUGGCGAAGAUCGCCAAAACGCACGAAGAUAUCGAGGCCCAGAUCCUGGAGAUCCAGGGGAUGAAGGCUACACUGCUGGAGGAAGGAGAGCAGGGUGUCGGCCUCGUUUCCACUGGCUUUUUUGACCAGGAGAUUUAUGGAGGCAGCGACAGUCGCUUCGCUGGAUAUGUCACUUCCAUCGCUGCAAAUGAACAGGAGGAUGAUGAUGAAGAUGACACAUCAACAAGCUUGUUGGGACAGAAGAAGCCGGGGUACCAUGCACCUGUGGCAAUACUCAAUGCCAUUCCACAGUCAGAUGAGCAAUACGACCCCUUCGCGGAGCAUCGUCCACAAAAGAUCGCAGAGCGUGAGGACGAGUACAAAGCCCGGCGCAGACAGAUGAUCAUCUCCCCGGAGCGUCUCGACCCUUUUGCAGACGGGGGCAAAACACCGGAUCCCAAGAUGCAGGUCAGGUCGUACGUGGACGUCAUGUUGGAGCAGAACCUGUCCAAAGAGGAGAGAGAGAUUCGUCUGCAGCUGGCAGAGAAGGCCAAGUCAGGGGACCUGAAAGUUGUUAACGGGUCAGCUGCCGCCCAAGCAGCCACAAAACGCAAGCGUCGCUGGGACCAGACAGCUGACCAAACCCCCUCGAAUGCUACACCCAAAAAGAUGUCCAGCUGGGACCAGGCUGACACCGGUGCUGAGACUCCAGGACACACCCCUGCACACACCCCCUCAAGCACCCGAUGGGAUGAAACCCCUGGCCGACCUAAAGGCAGCGAGACUCCAGGGGCCACUCCCAGCACCCGUAUGUGGGACCCCACGCCCAGCCACACACCUGCCGGUGCUGCCACCCCUGGCAGGGAUACCCCCGGCCACGCCACACCUGGCCACGGUGGAGCCACGGGUAGCGUUCGCAAGAACCGUUGGGACGAAACCCCAAAGACAGAAAGAGAGACCCCUGGUCAUGGAAACGGUUGGGCUGUGACCCCACGAACAGACAGAGGAGACGAGUCUGUGGGCGAGACUCCAACCCCAGGGGCCAGUAAGAGGAAGUCCAGGUGGGAUGAAACCCCUGCCAGUCAGAUGGGAUCCUCCACACCUCUUCUCACCCCUGGAAAGACUCCCAUUGGAACACCAGCUAUGAACAUGGCCACCCCAACACCAGGUCACCUGAUGAGCAUGACUCCAGAGCAGCUGCAGGCGUGGAGGUGGGAGAGAGAAAUCGAUGAAAGAAACCGUCCUCUCACAGAUGAUGAGCUGGAUGCCAUGUUUCCAGAGGGAUACAAGGUCUUGCCUCCACCAGCAGGUUACGUACCAAUUCGUACUCCGGCCCGCAAGCUGUCAGCCACACCCACGCCUAUUGGAGGCAUGACAGGUUUCCACAUGCAGGUGGAGGACCGCACCACAAAACAGAUGAAUGACCAGCCCUCAGGAAACCUCCCCUUCCUCAAACCUGAUGACAUCCAGUAUUUUGACAAAUUGCUGGUGGAGGUGGACGAGUCCACGCUGAGCCCCGAGGAGCAGAAGGAAAGGAAGAUCAUGAAGCUUCUGCUGAAAAUUAAAAAUGGAACACCACCCAUGAGGAAGGCUGCUCUGCGUCAGAUCACCGAUAAGGCUCGUGAGUUUGGAGCGGGCCCGCUGUUCAACCAGAUCCUGCCACUGCUCAUGUCGCCCACGCUGGAGGACCAGGAGCGCCAUCUGCUGGUUAAAGUCAUUGACCGUAUUCUCUACAAGCUGGAUGACCUGGUCCGGCCGUAUGUGCACAAGAUCCUGGUGGUGAUCGAGCCGCUGCUGAUUGAUGAAGAUUACUACGCCAGAGUAGAAGGCAGAGAAAUCAUCUCUAACUUGGCAAAGGCUGCUGGUUUGGCGACGAUGAUCUCCACGAUGCGACCUGAUAUCGACAACAUGGACGAGUACGUCAGAAACACCACGGCCAGAGCCUUCGCUGUGGUGGCCUCUGCUCUCGGUAUUCCCUCUCUGCUGCCCUUCCUCAAAGCUGUGUGUAAAAGCAAGAAGUCCUGGCAGGCUCGACACACGGGCAUCAAGAUCGUGCAGCAGAUCGCCAUUCUUAUGGGAUGUGCUAUCCUGCCCCACCUCCGCAGCUUGGUGGAGAUUAUUGAACACGGUCUGGUGGAUGAGCAGCAGAAGGUGAGGACCAUCAGUGCUCUGGCCAUAGCUGCUCUUGCUGAAGCUGCUACACCCUACGGUAUCGAGUCAUUCGACUCCGUCCUGAAGCCGCUCUGGAAGGGUAUCAGACAGCACAGAGGAAAGGGUCUGGCUGCUUUCCUCAAAGCUAUUGGCUACCUGAUCCCACUGAUGGACGCAGAGUACGCAAACUACUACACCAGAGAGGUGAUGUUGAUCCUCAUCAGAGAGUUCCAGUCCCCUGACGAAGAGAUGAAAAAGAUCGUACUCAAGGUGGUGAAGCAGUGUUGUGGCACUGAUGGUGUGGAAGCCAACUACAUCAAGACUGAGAUCCUGCCUCCGUUUUUCAAGCACUUCUGGCAGCACAGGAUGGCUCUCGACAGACGCAACUACAGACAGUUGGUGGACACCACGGUGGAGCUGGCCAACAAAGUGGGAGCAGCAGAGAUCAUAUCUCGCAUCGUGGACGACCUGAAAGACGAGGCUGAGCAGUACAGAAAAAUGGUGAUGGAGACUAUUGAGAAAAUCAUGGGCAACCUUGGCGCCGCUGACAUCGACCACAAGCUGGAGGAGCAGCUGAUCGACGGCAUCCUGUAUGCCUUCCAGGAGCAGACGACAGAGGACUCUGUGAUGCUGAACGGCUUCGGCACUGUGGUGAACGCCCUUGGGAAGCGAGUGAAGCCCUACCUUCCUCAGAUCUGCGGUACGGUGCUGUGGCGUCUGAACAACAAGUCAGCCAAAGUCCGUCAACAGGCCGCUGACUUGAUCUCCCGUACGGCUGUGGUCAUGAAGACCUGUCAGGAGGAGAAGCUGAUGGGUCACUUGGGUGUGGUGCUGUACGAGUACCUGGGAGAGGAGUACCCCGAGGUGUUGGGUAGCAUCCUGGGAGCUCUGAAGGCCAUUGUGAAUGUUAUUGGUAUGCACAAGAUGACUCCGCCGAUCAAAGACCUGCUCCCUCGUCUGACUCCCAUCCUGAAGAACAGGCACGAGAAGGUGCAGGAGAACUGCAUCGACCUGGUGGGCAGGAUCGCUGACAGGGGUGCUGAGUACGUGUCAGCCAGGGAGUGGAUGAGGAUCUGUUUUGAACUGCUGGAGCUGCUGAAGGCUCACAAGAAGGCCAUCCGCAGAGCCACUGUCAACACGUUCGGUUAUAUCGCCAAAGCCAUCGGUCCCCACGACGUCUUGGCGACUCUGCUCAAUAACCUGAAGGUGCAGGAGCGUCAGAACAGAGUCUGCACGACUGUGGCCAUUGCCAUCGUCGCCGAGACCUGUUCGCCUUUCACGGUGCUGCCUGCGCUCAUGAACGAAUACCGUGUGCCCGAGCUCAACGUGCAGAACGGCGUGCUCAAGUCCCUCUCCUUCCUGUUUGAGUACAUCGGAGAGAUGGGCAAAGACUACAUCUACGCCGUCACGCCACUGCUGGAGGACGCACUCAUGGACAGAGACUUGGUCCACCGACAGACGGCGAGUGCUGUGGUCCAGCACAUGUCUUUGGGCGUCUACGGGUUUGGCUGUGAAGAUUCGCUCAACCACCUGCUCAAUUACGUGUGGCCCAAUGUGUUUGAGACGUCACCUCAUGUGAUCCAGGCCGUCAUGGGCGCCCUGGAGGGGCUGAGGGUCGCCAUCGGUCCCUGCCGCAUGUUGCAGUACUGCUUACAGGGUUUGUUCCAUCCAGCGAGGAAGGUGAGAGACGUCUACUGGAAGAUCUACAACUCCAUCUACAUCGGCUCACAAGACGCCCUCAUUGCCCACUACCCACAAGUCUACAACGACGAGAAAAACAUUUUCGUCCGCUACGAGCUCGAGUAUGUCUUGUAAAUAUGAAAUUUUUGCGCUCUUUUUGAUUUCUCCUCCCUCAACUAUAUCGCCCUCCACCGUCGUCUCUGUUUAAAAUCAGAGUCGGUUUUUAUUCAGCAGCUUUAUGUUGGUCUUUCCCGAGGGGCUGAAAUAGAAAAUCCACGUCCUGAAUGCCGUUUAUUGAUUCUGGAGAAACAAGAGUGAAAACUGGGAGUUUGGGGGAAUUGAAGAGGGAACAUUGUGGAGUCUGUAUGUUUUGUUUUUUUAUUUUCCCAGUAAGGAAUGUUCAGGGUCAGAUGAUCCUUGGUUGAAGAACGCAGCACCGUCAUGAUGAUGUUUUAAAUACUUUUGAUUGUUUUUUUGCUUUUUGUGUAUCGCUAGUCUUCUGUAUCAGCCGUACACACCCUGUCCAAGUUUCACACCUCCUCUGUUCUUAGGGUUGUUGCUUUAUUUAAUCAAAAUAAAAUGUUUGUGUAUAAAAAAUCA